CAGCAGCUUGACAUAUUCGUGUAUUAAUUUUCGGUACGAUUGAAACGCUUCACAACGAAAACCUCGUCACUGAACAUACAAUCGUCAAAUACACAUAGCACUCUGUGGUUUAAUUGCAACAUACCAAAAUUCCAAUUCACUUUUGAUUGGUAGCAUCAGUUGCUUUAUAGUUUUUAAAAAUGGUCGACAGACUUGUGAAUAGCGAGGCGAAUGCCCGGCGAAUAAAUAUGGUGGAGAGUUGUUUCGGCAGCUCGGGACAUCCACUGAAAGUUGUUGGACGUGUGUUGGUGGGUGAAGGUGUUCUCACGAAAAUGUGCCGUAAACGGCCAAAAGCUAGACAAUUUUUUCUAUUUAACGAUAUUUUGGUGUACGGUAACAUAGUGAUCAGUAAGAAGAAAUACAAUAAACAGCAUAUUAUACCAUUGGAAGAGGUUCAGCUGCAAGGACUAGAGGAUAAUGGACAAUAUCGAAAUGGAUGGCUUAUCAGAACAGCAACAAAAUCAUUUGCCGUGUAUGCAGCCACCAGUACAGAAAAGCAGGAAUGGAUGGCUCAUAUAAAUAAGUGCAUAGAAGAUUUAUUGAGAAAGAGUGGUAAAAAACCGGUCGAACAUCACGCUGCUGUUUGGGUGCCAGAUAAUGAGGCAAACGUGUGCAUGCACUGCAAACGAACUCAAUUCACAAUGCUUGUUCGAAGGCAUCAUUGUCGCUCAUGUGGAGCUGUGGUAUGCGGUCCAUGCUCAUCGAAAAAAUUCUUGCUACCGCAACAGAGUACAAAGCCAUUACGCGUUUGUUUAGACUGUUUUGAUUCACUGAGCCAAUCAAAGAACGAAGCGACAAAAAUUAUCCCCAAUGAAAAAUCGAACAAUAACACUGCAGCGGACAGUUCGGCUGAAGAUGAUUCGGAUGACGAAGAAGAGCAUAAAGAAGCUCACGACGAACCCAAAUUCUAUGGUGAUGCUGAUAAAAACUGAUUAAUCGCAAAAAAGGUGCCGGACCAGAAAAAGCGCUCGAAAUUGGCAAAGCCAACAUCAAAUAGAUGAUCAACGUAAAUUAUCAACCCAAACGGUCGAUCAAUAUGAAAUAAAAUAGUGUUUUUUUAGGAAGAGAAGCAAGCAAACAAAUCACACCAAUUAUAGGUUAUAAAGCAAAAAAAAGAGCGAAACCAUACACAUCAUGUCUCUGACAAUUUUCAAACAAUUACAAGAUCUGUUGAAAUCGAUUGUUUUAAGUAUGAAAACGGAAAAAAUUUGCUUGAAUGAUCAAUCUAAGUGAAUAAAAACGAAAUUGGUGAAACAUAAAAAAGACAUAUUUAUCUGCCGGCAGAAGUUGAAAUGAGCAUAUUUUCUCUUCUCUAAAAUAUACAGAAAAUAGUGUUAAAUGAAAUUGCAAUCAUACAGCCUCCCCCUCCACUUACGAAAUUUAGAUCUAUUUUAAUCAAAUCACCGAAUUUUCACCGAAACUCUUAUGAAACUCUUGAAUCAGAAAUCAGUCCAAGUUGUUGGUUUUUUGUUUUUCGUUUGCAAAAUCUGCUACGACCUAAACAGAAGAAAAAAAAUGACCAACAAAUUCAAAUUAGAUUAUUCUAAUAUACAACAAAUAAAAAAAAACUCUAUGACAGCCUUUAUUUAACCGAGAAAAGAGAAGAUGCAAAGCAAAAAUCGUAGAAAAAAGAUUUGUCAUUGUACAGAAUAAACAUUGUAUCAUCAUUUGACUAUUUUAUUAUAUUUUGAUUUCGUUUUUUGUUUUAAAUUCAUAUGUCCAUUUUAAAAUACCAUAAUCGUCGUUGUAAAUUUUGUUAAUUGGAUUGAAAGUGUAAAACGGCCACGAUGUAAAAGCAAAUAUAACAUUGGAAUAAAUAGAAAAGUGGCAUAACAAUUUUUCACAACAACACCAUAUGAUACGAAAUCAUAUAAUGUAAUAAAUAUAUAUAAAAAUGAAAUUAAGCAGAGAAUCGCUCGUCGAAUUGUUAUUGAUUUCAAUUACUUCAACUGCACAUCGAAUCCACAUUUACACAUACACAUAUUGAAUACAAAUCAGCCAAUUUUAAAAAACGUUUUUAUUUCCUUUUCGUUGGUUAAUUGUUGUUAUUAACAUUUCGGAAAGAAAGAGAAGAGAAAGAAAAAACGACCGUGACCAUCCAUUGCCAUCAUAAUGGCCAUUUUCAUUUUUUUUUUAAAUUACUGUUCGAUGCACCUCUCGAAACACGAAAAUAAAAGAAAACGUAUAUUUGUUUGUAAACUGCUUUUGUUGCAAUAAAAAUGAGAUCAGCUACACUGAUUCAGUAUUAAACGUGUGAAGGCAAAUGGAAAUGUAAAAAUGAGAAUAGCGUCGUUUUCAAUAGAAGAAUUAAAAAAAAUACAGAAUGCCAAAAUUAAUGGAGAAAAUCAAUGAUUCGGUGCACACGAAAAAAAUUAUCGAUUGCAUAUACGUCAUUUUAAGAUUCGUGGCCCAUAAAUUUAAAGAAGAUGAAAAAAACACACACAUUAACAACUCUUUUAAGCUAUUAAUUACAACAAUGGAAUAUCAUAUUUCUUAUACAACAACAACAACAACAACAAAUAGAGUGUAAUUAAAAUAUAUUUGUGUUUUUAAGAAAUAAAAACAAAAACAAUAUA